UUUUUCAUUUUCAGUGUAUUCUUCAUCGGAAUCGGAAGGACUGAAGUCCUCAUUGUCAAUUCUAAAAUAAAUAGAGAUUGUAUGGAAUUAAAAGUAAUUAUUACUGAUUAAAAUUCGCACAGAAGCCAACAAUUCUUCAUUUUUAAAAUAAAUGAAGACUUUACCUAACGUGACUAAUGGUUUGUUUAUUUACUAUUAUGCCCAAAAAAAUUCAAAAUGGAAACGUCAGUGUCAAGGAUACUUUUGUGAUUGCGAAUCAGCUGUUGAAAACACGAUCACAAAAUGAGCUCACAAUUGGAAAAGGACGAUCAUCUUAUUCAAAUUCGUGAUAAACUUCGUAAAGAUGGAAUUAAAUUGUGGCUGCCGCCUUAUUUUCAAGAAUCCAAGUCAUCAGAAUCAGAAAUUAAGAAACUCUCUGCUGAUUUUAGCAGAGAGUUAAAAAUUCCAACGGAAGUUUGUUUGGAAAUCAUCACGGAAUUACAGGCCAGUUCUUUAGAAAAUUUGAAACAGAAAAAUUUAUUUCAAGACAAAGGUUUGGCAACAAUCAAAAUUAAAGUAUUACUACAGAAUACUCCACCACGAAUUUUUUCGAAGGAACUUUUUUUGUCCUUGAAAGCGCUCGAUUUAAAAGACAUUAUUAAGCAAGAGGUGCACAUUGAAAGAGAAGGGUUAAAAUUAAUCAGUUCCGGGAGGGUAUUAACCGAUGUCGAUUCCUUGGGUAGCCAGGGUGUUAAAAAUGGAUCUCAAAUCCUCGCAAUAGUUUUAAUUGAAUCUCCAUCGCAGGUUUCCCAAAAUGAAAGCCAAAUUAAAGAACUAGAGAGUGUUAAGACUGACUCCAAGUUGUUGGCAUUAGACAAUGAGUACAUGCAGUUAGAAGACCAGUUUGGGAACCCAAUAAAGAUUCCACCCAACGAAAGAAAGGCUCUAGUGGUGGCGAUGGCUUUGCAUGAAAAGGGAAAGGCUGCUUUGAAGCGAAACGAUUUUUCUAGAGCUUUGAUAUUUUUUCUCGAAUCUGACCAGGAAUUCAGACAAUGCAAUUCACAGCUACUGAAGACUGUCGACAACUACGCCCUAUUGGAUUUAGACAUCGCUUGGUGUUACUUGAACUUGGAAAGUUUCGUGCAACUUCCAGAAGCAUAUGAACGGUUACAAAGAUGCGAGGAAAAGUUUCGUUCGACAUACGGAAGCAACUUGGAAAGACUGAUCGAAAUUAAAGGAACUCCAGGUAAUGAGGAGGCACUUUUCAUGAGAUUGCAUUUACUGCAAGCCAUUGUACUAUAUCACCAAAAUAAAAGACCCGAAGCUCUAAAUCUCUUCCGCAAAGUAGAAGAAGAGGUUCGACAUCUACGUGUGGAUGAAAAUAGUAUAACUGCAUUAGUAGAAUUAGGAUUCUCCAUCAAAGAAGCCACGAUUGGGUUAAGAGCUGCUAGAGGCGAUGUUAAUAAUGCUGCAAACUACAUCAAUGAGAAUAGAAAUAAACGAGCUGAAGGUCGCAGGAAAGCUCAAGCUGAAGCCAUUUUGGAAAAGGAAAGGAAGAAAUUGGGAAUGUGCGCUGACGGUAAGCAGUACGUGGAUCCGAAUUUUUUGAAAAUUCUCGUCAAUAUGGGUUAUAGUAAAGAGGCUGCCGGGAUUGCUCUAAAGCAUACAAAUAACGUCAUAUCAGACAGUAUCGAAUAUAUACAAGACAAUCCUUUACCUGGUCCUAGCGGUUCUAGAAGUACAGAACUUUUAUCUUUUAUCGAUGAUCUAUCACAAGAACUAGAAGAUGCCGGUUUUGAUUCCCGAAUGGCAAAAAUGGCGUUAAAAAAACACUCCGGCGAUAUCAUGAAAGCUGCCGAAGAACUUAUUACUAAUGAUGGGAUAAUUGCCGGAGAUUUAUCGGACCUAAUUGGUGAAGAGAGCCUGGAAAACAUCAAAAGGAGGCGUCAGGAUAGCAAAGAAAAAACCGAAGCGUUGCACAGACUGAAAGAAGACAUGGAGAUUGUCGAUGAUGAUUAUUUAGAUACAAAUCUCGUGCAGGAAGAAAUGUUUCUGAGACAGUACCUUUCGCUUUUGGAAAAAUAAGGACAAUGUCGCAAGUAUCUGUUUCGAAUUUAAGGUGUAAAUGUGGAACUAUUGCAAGUAAUAUUUAUUACUUUUCGUAAUUGUGUAUUUUUAUAUUGUAUUGUGAUUUGUG